AUGAACUAUGGAGAUCUUCCGACGCCCCGUUCGAAACCUCAGCCUGAAGAGAGUAAGUCGCAGAGUCCCUACGGAAGUCAGCAAAACAGUAAAGCUACUACACCUCAAAGACCCAGCUCUAGUCAGAAGUUGAGGCGAAUGUGGAUAAGUUCUAGUGCUCGAAAGAAGGUUGCUGACAAACAUAGUCCUACGCCAACUGUACUUUCUCUCCGACAUCAAUCGAUGAGGCCGAACACAGGAACGCCUGCUCGUUCAUACUCAGGUAGUAGUCCUUCGCAUAGAUUUUCAGCUAAUCAGGUGAGUGAGAGGGAUGUCAGUUCAUAUCUAUACCGCAAGGAGAGAGAGCACACAGAUAUUAAGGUCAAACGUUUGGGUGCCAACGGAGAGGACUCGAAGGACGAGUUUGAGAUUAAAAAGAGGAAGACCAAUACGACAAAGCACCCUACAGUUGAUCUGCAUAAUGCUCAUGAGAUAGAGGUGGCCGAUAACACUCCAAUUCGGAAGCCGGCUAAAGAAGCAACAGAAGAUCCGAUUUACUCGCAGAUUGAUGUAAAGGACUAUCUUAAACAGAUGUCAGAUGAGAUAAUGAGAUAUGAGAUACGACUGGCAAGCCUGCAUGGAAGAAUGGUAGAGUUGACAAGAGAGAAUCAAAGGCUGCGAAACGAUGAUAACUAUCGCCUUAUAUGCAAAAGAUUGGCAGGAAAGCUUGUGGCUGAAUCAAAAGAGAGGGGUUCUUGGAAAGACGUAGAGGAAAGAAAUAGGGAAGAGAAUAGCGUUGAAGCGAUCUCUGAUACAACAUCCAUUAGCAAUGGUGGCGAUAUUCAAGAGACUGACGAGCAUUAUGAUAAGAAACCCGCUGGCGUGCCGAUUGUAAGCCAGGUGGACAGUCCCCAAGAUCUUUCGCUACUAGACAAAAAUCACUCUGAGUGUCAUUCGAAGCCCAAAAGAGCGCUUGAAAAACUGGAGAAGGGUAUACUAAAGCGACUGCACGAGUAUGAUGUAGCACUCAAGUCAGCAGAAGAUGAAGCAUCAAUGCAGUUAUGUGGAGCUAGGUUAGUAAAGGAUGAGAGUCCUUUUGUUGAAGAAUUAAAGAAUAAACUGCUUAAUGGCGCUUCAGAGUUAGCGAAAGUUCGAGUCUACACAGCUACACGCGUAGCCAAUCUGAAGGCCGCACUUAGCAAACAACAAGUUGAUCGUCAGUUCUUGCAGAAAAUGAAUGAAGAAUACAGAUCAGCCUUAAUGAAGUGGGAAAACUUUGGGGAAAAUGUUAAAGGGUAUGUUCCUCAUUAUAUAGAGACCAUCAAGCGGCAGAAGGAGACAAUUGAUAAUCAAAAUAGAAUCAUGGAAAUGCAGAUCCUAGCUACUGAGGAGCAAAAGAAAACCAUCCAAGAAUUAAGAGCACAACUUUCGCAGGUCGAAUCCGUUCAAGCUGAUUCCCUAUCCUGUACUGAGCUCAACAGAGUUACCACGCUUCAAAAGAGGGAUAUCGACACGUUAAAACAAUACUUACAUGAGGAAAAACUCAAAAGUGAACAUUUGAAAGAACUAGUUGAACAUUUAAGAAAAGAUCUAGCCACAAGAGGAGCAGCAAACCCCGAAUACGCACGUUUGGCGCACAAUGCAGCCCAAAAAGACGUUGAGGAAAAGCAUAGAAUGGAGAUACGAACUUUGCAUAAAAUGUACAGCAAUCUUCUGAAGAAUGUUGAAAUGAAUGAGAGAGAAAACAAAGAGACGCCUAAGGAAAACGCUAACGAUGAUCCAUAUGGUUCCAAUGGUCAUCCAAUAUAUACUUCACCCAGGGUUAAGAAAGAACACUCGCCUGAGGAUUUGCUAAAUGAUCAGUCUAGAGUCACACUGGAAAGCCCAUGA